UUCUCUGACGGAUUUUGUGUUGGAUGUAAGAUUUAUUUUAAUGGUCCAUUUAAAAAGUAUCUUUUAACCUUCACUUUAGUCCUUGGUAUUCUUCAAGCUAAUGUUGUGUCAUGUUUGGAUGGAUUGCCAGAUUUAGUUCCAUUUGACAACUGUACUUCAACCCAACUUCUGCAUAUUUCGGAUGAUGAGUUGAGGAAACGUCUAUAUGAAUUUGGAGUCCACUAUGAUGUCCAAGCGGUGCUUAAAGUACUGCAAGAUCCCAUGUAUUACAACAAUGAACCCGUACAAAUUCUUCUGACAAAAUUUCAAGAAGUAAAACAAAUUGCGCCCCAGUUUCUUCCAGAAGCGCCAAUAAGACAUCCAAUUAUUGUUAUAGAAGGCUUUUUCAAUCAUGGCAAAACAAAAGUCACAAAGAUUGUGGCUGAUGCUUUGCACGGGAGGAGGUUUCAGCUCCCAAACCGAAACAUAAACAAACUGAGAAAAUAUUUGAACAGUGAUGUCUUGAAGAAGAACUUCUACUCACUCUCCAAAUACAUCGGAGCUUACACAGCGAUGUAUUAUUGCAUGACUGCACCAGUUAUAAUAGAAAGAUACUGGCAUGACCAAGCAGUUUACGUGAUGGCGAGAAGUUUUGAAGGAAUAGUUCCAGCAAAAUCUGUAGUUUAUGAAUUCCCCAAAGAUCUUUUAAGACCGGACUACAUAUUUUUCCUCAAUGGGGCUCUAAAUCCAGGAGUUCACAACGAAAGUACAACAAAAGAGCACAUCCAUAACCCUUUAACCUUGAAAAUGGUGGAAGUAUAUAGAAGAAUGCGUGAUCCGGCGUUGAUUGAGAUCUAUCCCCCAGGAAUGCCAGAAGCUAUGGCUGAAAAAAUAUUAGAAAUCCUGGAAAGAGAACUGCCAACCAAAUUCCUGCCAAAACCGGCAAUGAAACCUGUCCUGCGGCCUAAGAAACCCUACAGACUGAUCCCUGCCCCUCAACCACCGCCUGCCUGCACAAGGAAAAAAGGGGGCACUGCUUUUGGGUUUGCCCAGGGCUCCACAGACCCUUAA